AUGGAGCGGUCCCAGUCCUACUCCCAGCAGCAUGGGGGUGAGCAAAGCUGGUGGGGCAGUGCCCCCCAGUACCAGUACAUGCCCUUUGAGCAUUGUACCAGCUAUGGACUGCCCUCAGAGAAUGGGGGCCUUCAGCACCGGCCCAGAAAGGACGUGGGUCCCAGGCACAAUGCCCACCCAACACAGAUAUAUGGCCAUCACAAAGAAAAAUACUCAUGUAAGGAACAAGACAUGGGGAUGCCCAAGAAGAUGGGAUCCAGUUCUACCGUGGACACCUUGGAUGAGGACCACUAUUCUAAAUGUCAAGAUUGUGUCCACCGCCUGGGACGCAUGGUCAGAAGGAAGCUGGGGGAAGACUGGAUCUUUCUUGUGCUCCUGGGCCUAUUGAUGGCCCUAGUCAGCUGGUGCAUGGACUAUGUUAGUGCCAAGAGCCUUCAGGCCUACAAGUGGACCUAUGCCCAGAUGCAGCCCAGCCUUCCUCUGCAGUACCUGGCCUGGGUCACCUUCCCACUUAUCCUCAUCCUCUUCAGUGCCCUCUUUUGCCAGCUCAUCUCUCCCCAGGCUGUAGGCUCUGGAAUUCCUGAGAUGAAGACAAUUCUUCGUGGUGUUGUCUUGAAGGAGUACCUCACACUCAAGGCCUUUGUAGCCAAGGUGGUGGCCUUGACAGCUGGGCUGGGCAGUGGCAUCCCUGUGGGGAAAGAGGGUCCCUUUGUUCACAUUGCCAGCAUCUGUGCUGCUGUCCUGAGCAAGUUUAUGUCCGUGUUCUGUGGUGUCUAUGAGCAGCCAUACUAUUACACUGACAUCCUGACAGUGGGCUGUGCUGUGGGGGUCGGCUGCUGUUUUGGAACACCACUUGGAGGAGUGCUGUUCAGCAUCGAGGUCACCUCUACCUACUUUGCUGUUCGGAAUUACUGGCGAGGAUUCUUUGCAGCCACAUUCAGUGCCUUUGUGUUCCGUGUCUUGGCGGUGUGGAACAAGGAUGCUGUCACCAUUACCGCUCUGUUCAGAACUAAUUUCCGAAUGGAUUUCCCUUUUGACCUGAAGGAACUUCCAGCUUUUGCUGUCAUUGGGAUCUGCUGUGGGUUCUUGGGAGCUGUUUUCGUUUAUCUGCAUCGCCAAGUCAUGCUCGGUGUCCGAAAGCACAAGGCUCUCAGCCAGUUUCUUGCCAAGCACCGCCUGCUGUAUCCUGGAAUUGUUACCCUUGUCAUCGCCUCACUCACCUUUCCACCAGGAAUGGGUCAAUUCAUGGCUGGAGAGCUGAUGCCCCGUGAAGCCAUCAGUACCUUGUUUGACAAUAAUACAUGGGUAAAGCACAUAGGUGACCCCCAAAGCCUGGGCCAGUCAGCUGUGUGGAUUCACCCCCAGGUCAACGUGGUCAUCAUCAUCCUUCUCUUCUUCAUCAUGAAGUUUUGGAUGUCCAUUGUGGCCACCACUAUGCCCAUACCGUGUGGAGGCUUCAUGCCUGUUUUUGUGCUAGGAGCUGCAUUUGGAAGGCUGGUAGGAGAGAUCAUGGCCAUGUUGUUCCCUGAGGGUAUCUUAUUUGAUGACUUCCUCUACAAGAUCUUACCUGGGGGCUAUGCAGUAAUUGGAGCAGCAGCUCUGACAGGGGCUGUCUCACACACAGUCUCCACAGCUGUGAUUUGCUUCGAAUUAACCGGUCAGAUUGCUCACAUCCUGCCCAUGAUGGUGGCUGUUAUCUUGGCCAACAUGGUGGCUCAGAGUCUGCAGCCCUCUCUCUAUGACAGCAUCAUCCAGGUCAAGAAGCUUCCCUAUUUGCCAGACCUUGGUUGGAACCAGCUCAGCAAAUUUACAAUCUUUGUUGAGGACAUCAUGGUACGUGAUGUGAAGUUUGUUUCAGCUUCUUGUACAUAUGGGGAACUGAGAAACCUACUCCAGACCACCACAGUCAAGACUUUACCAUUGGUUGAUUCCAAAGAUUCGAUGAUCUUGCUGGGCUCUGUGGAACGCUCAGAACUGCAGUCCCUCCUACAGCGCCACCUGUGUGCAGAGCGAAGGUUGAGGGCUGCCCAGGAUAUGGCUCGCAAGUUAUCGGAGCUGCCCUUUGAUGGCAAAGCACGGCAGGCUGGAGAGUGGUACCCUGGCGGUCGACCUGAGUCCUUCGCCUUUGUGGAUGAGGAUGAAGAUGAGGACCUCUCCAGGAAGACGGAGCUUCCGCUGUCUCCUCCUCCUCCUCCACCUCCUUUCUUUCCUACUGUUCCAUCGUACCCUGAAGAAGCUAAUGGGCCACUGCCCAACCACAAACAGGCACCUGAAGCCCCAGACCCUGCAGGUCAAAGGUCAUCCAUCUUCCAGGGUCUGCUACGCUGCUUACUGGGCAGAGCUCACUCGACAAAGAAGAAAAUAGCCCAGGAUUCAACGGACUUAGUGGAUAACAUGUCACCUGAAGAGAUUGAGGCCUGGGAGCAGGAGCAGCUGCGGCAGCCUGUGUGCUUCGAUUGCUGCUGUAUCGACCAGUCCCCUUUCCAGCUGGUGGAGCAGACCACGCUGCACAAGACUCACACACUCUUCUCACUUCUCGGCCUCCAUCUUGCCUAUGUGACCAGCAUGGGGAAGCUCAGAGGCGUCCUGGCACUGGAAGAGCUACAGAAAGCUAUUGAGGGCCACACCAAAUCUGGCGUGCAGCUCCGCCCUCCUCUUGCCAGCUUCCGGAAUACAACUUCAACUCGGAAGAGUCCUGGGGGGCCAUCCCCUCCUGCAGAGGGCUGGAGUCUGCCUGAGGGUGGAAAUGGGGCUCCUGGAGCAGAAGUCAUGGUUCCUCCCAUGCCAGAGACUCCUGUACCACCACCAUCUCCUGAGGCCCCUCACUGUGUGGCCCCAGCCAGAGUAGACGGUGAGCUGGAGGAGCUAGAGAUGGUGGGAAGCCCAGGACCUGAGGAGGACCUGGCUGACAUUUUGCAUGGCCCCAGCCUUCGGUCCACUGAUGAGGAAGAUGAAGAUGAGCUGAUCCUGUGA